GGCACUAAAAGAUCACCACCGGAAGUAUUUAAUCGGUUUUUGUUUUCCCACGAUGCCGCCAAAAAUGAUGAUAUAUAUGUAUGUGCUUUUCUUCACAUCGUCAUUACUGAAGUUAGGCUGAUUACUAUCAAGAGAUUACCUGGUGCAGUGAAGCCAGCUAUUUACACCGGUUACUGCACCGGUCAUCCAAGGAGUGUCCGAAAGUGAAACUUCUCGCUCGUGCAUAAAAAUGAAUUUGGUGGCAUCUCUUCGACCGUGCCUACGAUUCUUAAAUGUGAAUCCUGCUGGUAUGCGUGUAAUGGUUUUUCCGUUGCCCAGGCGUUUGGACAGCGCGAGAAGUCUGUCUACACUUACCUUGUAUCAGAGAGCCUCGUACCUACACCCCCUGUUUGUUAUACAGCCACGGAGAUGCACGUCUUCAUUAACAAGAAGCAAGCCACUGUCCAAAGGUGUACUCAGGCUUUUACAGCAAGCAAAACCGGAACGUUUCAAGCUGUCUUUAGCAGUUUUGUUUCUGUGUGUCUCAAGUUCAGUGAUGAUAGCUUUUCCAUUUUGUGUCGGCAAGGUCAUCGACGUUAUCUAUACCUCUGCGACAGAAGACGAGCUGCGUCGGAACCUGCGUUGGAUAUGCCAGCUUUUAGGAGGCAUCGUUGUCGUUGCAGGCUUUGCCAAUUUUGGUAGGGUUUACUUGAUGAACACCUCUGCUCAGAGGAUCAUAAACGCCAUCAGAUGUCAGGUACAUGCUUCCAUCAUGCGCCAAGAAGUGGCGUUCUUCGACACGACACGUACGGGUGACCUCCUGACACGCCUUUCAUCAGAUACAUCUCUUGUUGGAAUGUCUCUAACACAAAACAUUUCAGAUGGCUUGCGUUCUGCACUAGCUGUAGUCGGUGGUAUUUCAAUGAUGGUGUACACAUCUCCACAGCUUUCGUUGGUUGCACUGAGCAUUGUGCCACCUAUAGCUAUCAUAUCGGUUGUCUUUGCCAGGCGAUUAAAACAAGUAGCAACCAAAGUUCAGACUAGUCUUGCACAGUCAAGUGCAACUGCAGAAGAGCAAUUUUCUAAUAUUAGGACUAUACGAUCGUUUGCAAAAGAAGACCACGAAAUGCAACUGUACUCUGAGAAGCUGUUGCACCUACUUAAAGUCAUCAAAGAUGAGACAUUACUGCGUGCAAUUUUCUUUGGAAGUACAGGGGCAACUGGGAACCUGGUCGUUUUGACUGUACUUUAUUACGGAGGAGUCUUGAUGACACAAGGUCACAUCACAGUCGGAACCCUGUCGUCAUUUCUUCUGUAUGCAGCGUAUGUUGGCGUCUCCAUUGGCGGCCUUGGAGGCUUUGUGACAGAGACCGCAAAAGCGGUCGGCGCAUCUCAGCGAGUUUGGGAAAUAAUAGAUCGCCAACCAAAGCUGCCCAUGGCUGGUGGGAAAACUUUAUCAGGGAUAGUCGGCCAUGUGGAGUUCUGCGAGUUGUCGUUUUCCUAUCCAUCUCGGCAAGACUACGCAAUUUUUGACAGACUCAAUUUAACAAUUCCGGCUGGCUCAGUCACUGCAGUCGUAGGUCCGAGCGGUCAAGGAAAGUCGACACUUGCUGCGCUUCUUCUUCGGCUAUAUGAUCCAACACACGGGAAAGUAACAAUAGAUGGCAUUGACAUAAGAGAGCUUGAUCCAAAGUUUUUGCGAACCCACAUCAGCAUUGUAAGCCAAGAACCAAUACUCUUCUCAACUACCAUCUAUGAGAACAUCCUGUAUGGUGCUGUAGAUCCUGCAAGGAUGUCACCUAACGAUGUCAUAGCCGCAGCAAAGGAAGCCAAUGCACUGGACUUUAUCGAGGGCUUUCCCGAGGGAAUGAAUACACUUGUCGGUGAACGAGGAAUACUGUUGUCAGGUGGACAGAAGCAGAGAAUCGCAAUAGCACGAGCAAUACUACGAAAUCCGAAAGUCCUCAUUCUUGAUGAAGCUACAAGCUCAUUGGAUUCUGUCAGUGAGAGAGCAAUACAAGGAGCACUGCAGACAUUGAUGCAAGGAAGGACAGUAUUGACCAUCGCUCAUAGACUGUCUACAAUUAAACAAGCCAAACAAAUAGCAGUUCUGAAAGGAGGCAAGAUUGUUGAGUUAGGCACAUAUAGUAGUUUGCUAACUGUACCGAAUGGGUUAUUUAAGACACUAGUUGAACAUCAGACUGCAUAGAAUUAGUGGGGUGCCAUGGAAAGAUUAAUGGCACUAUUGCAAAGUAUCCCAACUCAUCGACACUUUGGGGCAGAUUGUAUGGUGAUACCGAUCACACCAGGUAGUGAAGUGCCAGUACUGAAGGUACCAGAUACAUUGAAUUAUUUAAUAUAUUUAUUCAGCAGCUGCGAUUACUUCAGAAACCAGGUGUACGAAAGUGCUGUGUAGUGAACAUGUGUAUCGGAGACAGUACUACAACACCUCAACAAGACAGGAAGAGCAAAAAUGUGUGGUAAAUGGGGCAACAAUGCAAAGCAUUUUAAUGUACAAUGUAGCAGUUGUGUAUUAAACUGUGUAAUGACCAUGG